AUGGGUGCAUUGCUUUCACACAGAGUUGUCCCAACAGUUGUAACUGGGUGGGACGUAUCUCUACUACGGAAAAUAUUCAACGUCAUAGUCGGCCUCAUUUCGGUACCGGCAUUCUGGGUACUGACGAUACGAUGCGCGUGGCCGAUUACGCUUGACAUGAUUGUUGUCAUAGCCCUCACCGAGUUGAAUCGCUUCUUCAACGAGGGCCGACGAAUCACCUUUUGCGAACAAGGUCUAUCGCCCAACAACGAUGCGGAAUCUAAAAAUUUGGACUUGGAACUCGAGCCACCGAAGUCAAGGUUGGAUUGUAUGGCUGCUGUCGUUGGCUGGCGAGAGGAUCCCGCACUCUUCACUCGAGCGCUACAGAGCUAUAAAUCCGCAAUAGGUUGCGACUUCUUGUUGGUUGGCAUAGAUGGUGAUGAAGCUGAUGAUCAGGAUAUGGUCGAUGUUUUCAACUCGGUUUACCCUGCCAAUUCAAAGGUUAUACACAUCGCCGAGCCUUUGGGCGAAAUUGCCGAGCAAGUGGUGUUGCAAGAGAUCUCGAAAUGUCAACAAGCUGGCCGCGAAGUGAACAAAGAAAAAUGCCACGAAAUUGCCCUGCGCCAUUGCAUCGACCUAGCUGUGAAGGUUUUGGAGGAGGAAGACAUCACCUUUUCGGGCAAACGUCAAAUCAAGCAGCUGUGUCUUCGGCAAAAACAUCUACAUAAGAAGGGCAUCAUGUUCACCACCUUUAUCUUUUCCAUCGUCAUCGCCGACAUACUCGGAGUCGAGUUCCUGUGGUCGUCUGAUUCCGACACUUUGGUCCUCCCACAAUCGAUCGAGCGGAGCGUCAACUGCGUUGCUGCUGAUCCCAAGAUCGGCGGCGCCAGCACCGGUCUCAUCAUUCAUAACCAAGAGGAAACUGCCAUAACCAGGCUCUCUUCGACUGUCUACUGGAGCGAACUAUACCUGACAAGAUCAUCAACUGCCGUCACCGCGACUAGUGAUUGCCAAAGCGGGCCCAGCACACUUUUCAGAGUAUCGGCUUUGCCAUGCAUCCUUGUUCCGUGGUAUGGGCAGUCAAUCCUUGGGAAGAGAAUGAUCAUCAACGAAGACCGCCAUCUCACAACCAACCUUCUUGCUCGAGGGUGGGGAGUGGUUUUCAGCUCCGAUGUCCUGACAGCUACAGAUACGCCAACAACCUUAAGCAGAUGGCUGAAGCAGCAAGUCCGCUGGGGCCGAGCAACUCACGUCGAAGCCAUUUUCCACCCGCAGGUUUACGUCAAGCACAACCCUCUUCUCUUCUUCAGCAUGGCGAAACGAGAAGUUUGGCCUCUCAUCAUUGCCACGGCCGUUGCCUGCUACAUCUUUACAGACAAGCAAGUCAUUCACUUCUCCUUCGGCGAUAUGGUUUUGCGUAACUUUGUUGGCGUGGGUUACAACAUGCUGCGCAACCCUCAACGACUUUCUCUGGCAUCAUAUUUCUGGGUUAUUCCAGGAAUGUUCUUCUAUCACUUUCCCCUACCCGCAGUUCAUUUCUGGAGCUUGGUUACACUGACUGCUGACGGCUGGGGCACGAGCAUGCGUUCGAGCGGCGAGCGAGCACGAAGAGAGGGUGUCCGCCAAGCUUGGUGGGAGACUGGUUUCUUUACGGUAUGGAUGGCUCUCGCCGGGGCAGCGUUUUCAAAGUGGAUUGCGAUAAAUUUGAGCAUCCAGGAGGAGUAUAUGGUCAUCGCAAUGUGCUCCGGUGCAUUAUUGGCGUCCUUUACAACCUGGAAAGCGACAAUCAGUGGGGCUUAAUUACAACAGAAAGAGAAGCUGACGUCUCCCAGCGUCUUUGUUGCAGCUUAGGUGAGUUUCAAUUAUUAAUUAUUAAUCUCUCUACUAUUGAAUUGGGGUUGGAUUAUUUUCAGGCCUAGCAACUCUCCGCUUUAAUUACCCUUCCGCCUGAACCCGUCCUAUAUUUUGGUUAUUCCGACUCGGGUAUCCUUGUGCAUUAAUUUCGAUAAAAC